CUGUCCAAUCAGAGAAAAUCCUCAGUGCAUCCUAUUUGGGUCAUGAUGCAGAAGCUAUUGUGGCUGGGGUGUUUGUAUUUUCUGUGCAUCCUUGGAAGUCAAGGUAGGGGGGUGAAAAGACAGGAUGACGUUGUGCAUCUUGCAGGCUCCCUGGCAAAACCCGAGCUGAGAACCUCCAGCAGUGAAAGCAGUGGAGAGAGAGAUGCUCUCACUAAAGCAUUCCCUGCUGGCUUCCAAUGGGCUACAUCCACAGAGUCUUUCAAGGUUGAAGGUGCAUGGGCAGCAGAAGGGAAAGGCGAAACCAUCUGGGAUCGCUUUGGUCAUGAAAACCAAGCCUUUAAUAAUCAUACUGCUGACACAGCUGCUGACAGCUACAGGAAGGUCGAUAUAGAUGUCUACCUCCUGCGAGGUCUUGGAGUCAACACCUACCAGUUCUCCAUUUCCUGGGCCCGUAUAUUCCCCUCAGGUCAGAAAGACAGCCUGAAUGAAGAAGGAGCUCUCUACUAUGACAAUCUGAUCAAUGCUCUUAUUGAAUCUGGCAUACAGCCUGUUGCCACUAUCUACCAUUGGGAUCUGCCUCAGGCUCUCCAAGACAAGGGUGGAUGGACCAACCCGUCCAUUGUUGCAGCUUACAAAGACUAUGCAGCCUUCUGCUUCCAUAGAUAUGGAGACAGGGUCAAGAGCUGGAACACAUUCAGUAGUCCCUGGGUGGUGAGCCAUGCUGGACAUGGGACUGGUGAGCAUGCUCCUGGAAUAAAAGACUAUGUGACUGCUUCUUAUCAGGUCACUCAUAAUAUACUGAAAUCCCAUGCUGAAGCCUGGCAUGUCUACAAUGACAAUUACAGAAAGACACAGGGAGGGAAAGUGGGCAUUGCACUAAACUCUGACUGGGCAGAGGCAGCUGAUCCUAACAAACCUGAAGAUAAGGAAGCUGCAGAGCGCUACCUUGAGUUUAUGCUAGGCUGGUUUGCCCAUCCUAUCUUCAUAGAUGGGGAUUAUCCUGAAGUUCUCAAAACACAGAUAGAAAAGAAAAGAAACGAGUGUCCGUCAUCUGCACCAGCAGUGCUUCCAUCUUUCACUGAAGAAGAGAAGGCAAGGAUCAAAGGAACUUCUGACUUUUUUGGUCUGAAUCAUUAUACCUCCCGUUUAGUGAGCAGCAGUGUAGGUGGGUGCACCCCUGGUCCUGAAGGAGUUGGAGACUUCCAGGCAAAAGUGGACCCCUCAUGGCCUGCUACAGCAUCAGACUGGAUCUACUCCAUGCCGGAGGGGCUACGGUCUCUUCUGACUCACAUUAAAACAAAAUAUCUAGCCGUUAACAAUGUGCCCAUUUACAUAACUGGGAAUGGCAUGCCAACAAAUGACAGUGGAGACACCCUGAAUGAUGUUAGCAGAAUAGAGUACAUGAGGGGUUACAUCAGUGAGGCCCUAAAAGCCAUUGAAACCGAUAAAGUGGAUGUGCAGCGAUUCACAGUGCAAUCACUUAUGGAUGGAUUUGAGGGAAAUAAAGGGUACAGUGAAAGAUUUGGACUUCACCAGGUUAAUUUUGUAGAUGGAUACAGACCGAGGACACCAAAACAAUCAGCAUAUUUUUUUGCUCAGAUCAUUGAGCAAAAUGGUUUUGUUUCACGCAAACAAGAUUAUUUUGAAGGUGUGAAAAUAUCACCACCUCGCCGCUCCACCCCACUGCCACCCUCAGAGGUCCCAUCAGCAUCAAAGGCUGUCUGGGAAAAAUUCACACCACAGAAAAGGUUAGACAGACAAAUGUAUCACUAUGGUCAUUUCUCACAAGACUUCUUAUGGGGCGUCUCAUCUUCAGCUUACCAGAUUGAGGGUGGAUAUAACCAGGAUGGGAAAGGACCCAGUGUAUGGGAUGUAGUCAGUAAUAACCCAGGUAGUGGUAUUCCUGAAGAUGUGAAUGGAAAUGAUGCCUGUGACAGUUACAAUAGACUUGAUGAAGACCUUUACAUGCUGCAAGCCUUGAAAGUGAAGUCAUACAGAUUUUCUCUGUCAUGGUCUAGAAUCUUUCCCAAUGGUAGACGUGCAUCCCUGAACCAAAAGGGUAUUGAUUAUUACAACAGACUUAUUGAUGGCCUCUUGGCCAGACAAAUCACCCCAAUGGUCACAAUUUAUCACUGGGACCUCCCGCAAGCUCUACAAGACAUUGGUGGCUGGCAGAAUGUGCAGAUGAUUGACAUUUUUAAUGAUUAUUGUGACUUCUGCUUUGCCACCUUUGGUGACAGAGUAAAAUUCUGGAUGACCAUGAAUGACCCUCAAGGACUUGCAUGGCUAGGAUAUGGGACUGGACGAAUUCCUCCAAAAAUUAGGGAGCCAGGAACAGCACCAUACCAAGUUGCACAUAACUUAAUAAAAGCUCACGCUACAGCAUACCACACGUAUGAUGACAAAUACCGCGCUUCUCAAGGAGGGAUGGUUUCCAUUGCCCUCAAUGCUGAAUGGGUUGAACCUAAAGAUAUUAAUGUCCCUCGUGAUCUUGUUGCUGCUGACCGUGCAAUGCAGUUCAAUGUGGGUUGGUUUGCCCACCCAAUCUUCAAGAAUGGGGACUAUCCAGAGGCCUUGAAAGCCCAAGUUUUGGUCAAAAGUGAACUUCAAGGUCUUAAACAGUCAAGACUCCCAUCUUUCACAGACGAGGAAAAGAACUUGAUCAAAGGAACUGCUGACAUGUUCUGUGCCAAUCACUACACCUCCAGGCUAGUAACCCAUGUUACAGGUGCACUUUCUCCAGCAUCUUAUCUAAGUGACUGGGACUAUCAAGAAGAAGAGAUACUUGAUCAACCGACUACACCAAUUGGAUUCACAAGAGCUGUAUCAUUUGGCAUGAGAAGGCUCCUCAACUGGAUCAAGGCAGAAUAUGGAGAUCCAGAUAUUUACAUUACUGAAAAUUCAGUUGCCACUCCCAGGGAAUGGGCUUAUGAUGAAAUUGACAGAGUUUUCCUUCACAAAACCUACAUUGAUGAGGCUCUUAAAGCCUAUGAACUAGAUGGAGUCAAGGUAAAAGGCUAUGCAACAUAUCUCAUGGAUUCUUUUCAGUUCCUUUAUGGCUACCUCUUUGGGUAUGGUCUGCACCACGUAGACUUCAAUAACCCAAACCGACCCAGAACACCUAAGUUUUCGGCUCAUUUCUACUACAAUAUUAUCAAAGACAAUGGUUUCCCGUUGCCAGAAGAUGAAAAGAUGAUAUAUGGAGAAUUCAAAAAGGAUUUCAUUUGGAGUAGUGCAACAGCAUCAUACCAGAUUGAAGGGGCAUGGAGAGAAGAUGGAAAAGGUCUCAGUAUCUGGGACAAGUUUACACACACCCCUGGAAAAAUAUCUGAGCAUGACACUGGGGAUGUGGCUUGUAACAGUUACAAUAGGAUGGAAGAUGACAUUGCUGCGCUGAAGAAAGUCAAGGUGUCUCACUAUCGCUUCUCCAUAUCCUGGCCACGGAUCCUGCCUGACGGUACUACCAAAUACAUCAAUCAGGCUGGUCUAAAUUACUACAAAAAACUGGUGGAUUCCCUCAUUGCAGCAAACAUUAAUCCUCAAGUCACUUUGUACCACUGGGAUCUCCCACAAGCUCUGCAGGAUGUUGGAGGUUGGGAAAAUGAGACCAUCAUUCAACGAUUCAGGGAUUAUGCGGAUGUCCUCUUUCAAAAUCUUGGUCCCAAAGUGAAACUUUGGAUCACUUUUAACGAGCCCUUCAUAAUAACUGUAUUAGGCCAUGUCCAAGGUGCACAUGCCCCAGGUUUCAACGACAGACCAGAUACUCUUCCAUACAUUGUAGGCCACAACAUAAUCAGAUCCCAUGCAGAGGCCUGGCAUGUCUACAAUGACAAAUACAGAGCCUCACAGGGAGGACUGGUCUCCAUCACUGUAAACUCAGACUGGGCAGAACCCAGAAACCCCUACAAGCAAGAGGACUAUGAAGCUGCGCGAAACGUGGUUGAGUUUUAUCUUGGCUGGUGGGUCCAUCCCAUUUUUAAUGGUGAUUACAGCCCACUGGUGAAGAAAUCUGUUCUAGAGCAAAGUCUUGCAGGUGGAUUGACAAAAUCCAGGCUUCCUGAGUUUACUCCUGAGGAAAUUAAGCGAAUUAAUGGCACUUAUGAUUACUUCGGAUUAAACCAUUACUGCAGUGUCUUGGCAUUCCCUGUAGACUUUGGAACUACUCAACACUUUGAGGCAGACAGGGGUGUGGUGGUUAUUAGUGAUCGGACCUGGUUGGAAACAGGUUCUGUCUGGCUGAGGAUGACACCAUUUGGUCUCCGAAGAUUGCUGAAAUUCAUCAAGGAUGAGUACAGAAAUCCUCCGAUUAUCAUCACUGAGAACGGUGUCUCUGAAAAUGGGCCAGUUGAUCUCAAUGACGUUCACAGGAAAUACUAUUAUGAACAGUACAUCAACCAAGUGCUCAAAGCUUAUCUGCUUGACAAUGUCAAUAUUAUUGGCUACACUGCUUGGUCUCUGCUGGACAACCUGGAAUGGGCUGUUGGCUAUACAGAGAGAUUUGGACUUUUCUAUGUCAAUCGCUCAGACCCUGAUCUCCCUCGAACCCCCAAAGCUUCUGUGUCCUUUUACUCCUCCAUCAUCAGCUGCAACGGGUUUCCCGACCCAACAACUGGACCUCAUGAGUGU